AUGACAACAAACUAUUAUUGGCUUGGUGAAGAAGAUAAACCAUCAUGUGAGAAUUAUCGUCGUAUUAGUGCGUGUUCAACAUCAUCACAAGCCGUUUAUGCACCUGAUGCCGGAGCAUGUGUUAAAUGGUUAACUGAUCUGAAAGAGUCUUUAUGUAUGGAGUUAAUGAAUUAUUGUAGUCUGUUCAUUGUAAUUGACAUUAUUUAG